AUGCCAACGAAUAUAACAAAACUUGCAAUAUUCAGUCGAUUAUUUGUGAUAUUCCUGCAAUGCAUUUCAAAUCAUUUAUUCGAAGAUCACGAAGCCGAAGAUGUUUUUCGUGCACCGAUGGAUCCACUGAAAAAGAGAAAAUCCGAUGUGAUAGUUGAUAUGCUGUUGGGUGGAUUUCGUCGAUGGGAUGCCGAAUAUUUCUUGCACAUCUCUGAGCACGGCUAUACUUACGAGAAUACUCUCGCAUUCUUCCCGCUCUAUCCAUUGUGCAUUAAAUUAAUACAAUUUACUGUUGUCAACAUAGUUCCAUUUCUAUCAGUUCGUGCACUUUCGCUUUUAAUUGGAAUCGUCAUCAACAUUUUUUUCUUCGCGAAAGCAGCAAAUGUUUUAUAUGAGCUUGGACGUAGAGUUUUGAGAGAUCAACGAAAAGCGGAAAUAGCGACAGUUUUGUUCUGUUUUAAUCCUGCUUCAAUAUUCUUUACGGCUCCUUACUCAGAGAGUCUCUACAGUUGGUUAAGCUUCUCUUUAAUGGUCAAAUGCUUUGACGACAUCAGUUCUGUGCUUAUUAUCGUGCCAUUAAGUCUGAGUAUUUUAUGCCGUUCGAAUGGACUUAUUAACAUCGGUUUUGUUGCUUAUUAUGGACUUAAGAAAAUGUUCAGUCAAACCACAGUCUUGUCAUUCAUUACAAUUUUCUUGAAAAUCGUUUCAAUGUUGAUUAUCAUCGCCUUUCAUUUCGGUCUCAUGCAAGUUUACAAUUAUUACUUGUUUUGCUUUAAGAAGAACUUCAAUUUCCCAGAACUGAUAAAGGAUUUUGCAAAUCAACAUAAUUUGGUUCUUGCUGGUAAUCGAACUGAUGAUUCCGUCUCUCCAUGGUGCUCAAGUAAUGUUCCAAUUUCAUAUUCUUACAUUCAAGAACAUUAUUGGAAUGUUGGAUUCUUAAACUACUACGAAUUGAAGCAAAUACCAAAUUUCUUACUUGCUGCACCACUCGUGGUUGUUAUUCUAGUCAAUUCAUUUAAAUAUUUUAAGAAAAAUCAUGAUUAUUGCUUACGUUUAGGAAUUUUCAAUCUUCAACCGUGUGUAUUGAAAAAAGUUCAAGUUUCCGAUCAAAAUCAGUUUGUUUUUAUCGUACAUGCAGUCGUCAUGACAUUAUUUUGUGUUCUUUGCAUUCAUGUUCAAGUUACAACUCGUCUCAUAUCAUCAUCGAGUCCAAUGCUUUACUUUUUCUGUGCAAAUUAUUUUAUGGAACGUGACGAUCACAAACACCGACAUGAAAGUCACAAGAAAAGCAAACGUCGUCGAAGUUCAUCAUGCGACGAUGAACGACAUCGAAGAAAGGAUAAAACAACUGAAGAAGAAUUGAACUUCUCUUUUCUUGACAACAAAAGAUUCUUUCAUCGAAUACUUAUGGGUUACAAUGUUGGCGAACAAUUUGUCGACGAUCCUUCUGAUUUUUGGAAAUUUCUGUCUAAAUACGAAGCUUUAUUGAGACGAAAUGGUCAAAGUGUGUUGGAAAUUCAAACAGAAAUUCCGAAAUCCAAUUCGUUGAUUCCCAAAGAUUUUAUUAAAACUUUCCUUAUGAGUCUGAAAUUGAAGCCAUCGAAACAUCAAAUGUCAAGUUUUAAUCAAGACGACGAUGGUCGAACUGUCAGUGAUGACAAAAUUAAAGUUUUUCACGCAAUUAUCACACAUUAUCUUGACUUCAAACAAAAGGAAAGAUUUCAAAAGUUGAAGAAGCUUCGAAAGUUCCAAGCAAGUCUGCCAAUUGCUGCUUAUGAGAAGGAAAUCGUUGAAGCUGUUAAUAACGAAUCAAUUUUGAUACUCGCUGGUGACACUGGCUGUGGCAAGUCAACUCAAGUCCCUCAAUAUCUUCACAAGUCGGGAUAUGAUAAGAUUGCGUGCACACAACCACGUCGAAUUGCGUGCAUUGGUUUGUCAAAACGUGUUUCUCAUGAAAUGUUAUGCGAGUUCGGUUCAGUUGUUGGAUAUCAAAUUCGCUUUGAACGACAAAAGACAUUAAAGACGAAAAUUCUUUUUAUCACUGAAGGAUUACUUUUGAGACAAUUAGCUGAUGAUGACAACUUAUCGAAUUACUCGGUCAUUAUAAUUGACGAGAUACACGAGAGAAAUCUUUAUGGCGACUUUCUUCUCGGCAUCUCCAAAUGUCUACUUAGAGCACGACCUGAUGUCAAAAUUGUUCUCAUGUCGGCCACAAUCAACAUAAAUUUAUUUGCAAACUUUUUCAAAGAAGAGAAAGCUCAGGUCAUUGAAGUUCCAGGUCGUUUGUAUCCGAUAAAGCUUCACUUUAUGCCACAUUUAAUGAAUCCCAAUUUGAGACUUGAGAAGAAGUCGAGAAGUGAACGACUAAACCCUGAACCUUACAUACAAAUUAUGAGCAUGAUUGAUAAGAAAUAUCCGAAGGAAGAGAAAGGAGAUUUGUUGAUAUUUCUUUCCGGUUUAAAUGAAAUUCAAUCAGUCGUCGAUGCUGCAAAGGAUUACAGCGAAAAGAAUCAAAAUUGGAUUGUGUUACCAUUGCACAGCAGCUUAUCGAUGCAAGAUCAAGAUAAAGUCUUCGAUUAUGCACCAGAUGGUUUGAGAAAAUGCAUCAUAAGUACAAAUAUCGCUGAAACUUCAAUCACUAUCGAUGGAAUUCGCUUUGUGAUCGAUUCCGGUAAGAUGAAAGAAAUGACUUACGAUCCGAACUACAAAAUGCAACGUUUGAAAGAAUUGUGGAUAAGUAAAGCGUCAGCUGAACAAAGGAAAGGACGAGCUGGUCGAACAGGUCCAGGAAUUUGUUAUCGUUUGUAUUCAGAGAAGGAAUAUUACGAUCUGGAAGCUUACACGAAAGCUGAAAUAUUUCGAGUGCCACUUGAAUCGCUGCUUCUUCAAAUGAUUUCGAUGGGAUUACCAAACGCUCGCUUAUUUCCAUUUAUCGAACCACCAGCAAUGGAAAGCAUUGAAAAUUCCAUUUUGGCAUUGAAGAAUCUUGAAGCUUUAACAAUGAGUGAGAAACUGACGCCACUUGGAAAAACUCUCGCGCGUAUCCCUGUCGAGGUAAGCAUUGGAAAAAUGUUAGUAAUCGGAUCGGUGUUCAAACAACUUCCAGCAACGUUAACAUUAGCUGCAACACUCAACGUUCAAUCGCCAUUCACUAAUCGCGCCUUUCGUGAUGCGGAAUGCCAGAAACUUCGAAGCGAUUGCGAAUCUGAUCAUGGCGAUCCAAUAACUUUAUUGAAUUUAUAUCGUGAAUGGUUGUUGGUAAAGAAAUCACAAACAGAACGCUCGAGAGACCGUGACAAUGAAAAUUCAAAGCGAUGGUGUCGUAAUCGAGGACUUGAAGAGCAGCGUUUCUAUGAAAUCACAAAACUCAAAGGCCAACUUGAGUCGUUGUUGAAAGAAUGUCAAUUGUUGGAGUCGGAAACAGACGAGAAAAGCACCGCAGCUGAACGUGCAAUGCGUGCUGGUGAGAAACGUUACUUGGGCUCAUUGAAACGAGCACAUAAAAUGGAAGGUCCACGACAAAGAAAACUCUUGCGAGCUGAUGAAGAAGACGCUGAUGGCGAUGAUGAUAAAAUUGACAUUCGAGACGUUGACUUUCGUCUUUCCAACAAUUUCUCUAAGCUUGAUAAUCUCGUGAUGAGUGCAACGACUGACAGUUUGGAUCUCAUUUUAUUGAAAUUAAUUCUUGUUAGUGGUUUGUAUCCUCAAGUUGCAAUAUCUGAUGAGUUUAAUUACUGCAAGUCAAUGAACGAACAAUUCUUCCACACAAAAUCGAAGCCUUAUGUGUCGAUGCAUCCGAUGAGUUACUUCGCUACAAACUAUCAAGUUUUAAAUGUGGCUGAAUGUGACAUCAUACCAAAGACGGGAUUGUACAUGUCGAAACAACCAUUAAGUGCAAAACAUCAGUUGAUUUGUUAUCUUUCCAUUUUGGAGACGACGAAACCAUAUCUGAUGAACUCAAUUCGAAUGCCAGCAGCUCAAACGCUUUUACUAUUUGCACAAGAGAUUGACGCUAAUGUAACGUUCUCAAGAGUUGUUUGUGACUCUUGGCUUUGUUUAGAUUUUCCAUUUCCCGAGUCUGGUCAAACUUUACUCGUAAAAGCUGCGAGUUUAAGAAAGCGAUGGAAUGAUUUGGUAAGUCAAAAACUUUCUGAAAGUCAAAUCGAGCAUGCAUCGAAAAGCAAAGAAUUUGAAAAACUUGAACGUGAAUUGGCAAGUUACAUGAAUUGUGAAAUUUUUUACACAAUUAAAAGACUUUUGCCAGCUGAUUUGAAAACGAUUUACAAGGGAAAGAGAGAAGAAGAUUACGAGAUGCUUGUGUUGGAUCCAAAUCCAUUUUCAACGCAUUUUAAUUGCAUUUUAAAUGAUGUUAAAGGUGGAAUGUUUGUCACUGAGAACAUUACUUAUGGAUGCAUUGAUGAGACUGAUUGGAGCAUGCAAAUGGCUGAAGAAAUCUUCAACACUGACUUUGAAUGUCCAGGAUGUGAUGAAGUCUUCAACUUCACAUGCAUUCAAAAACUUCAACACAUGUCAAAAUGUAAGAAACCAGAAGUUGAAAGUAAGGAAGAAGAUAAAAGUUCAAAGCCAAAACAAUCGUCAUCACUUCAGAAACUUUAUAAGUGUCCAGUAUGUCUUAAAGAUUCUUACAUGACAAACAUUGAAAUCUUAAAACAUAAGAAAAGUUGUAAAAUCAAACAAGAAUCGAAAUAAAAAAUUUUCGUCAAGUGUCAAUCAAAAUAAUAAU